GAACACAGACGCCGAACUGUUCUGUUCUGCUCUCUAGCUCAAGCUUGGAAGUGCUCACUCAUCACUUCUACUCGCCUUUUAACACCUUUCUCCACUUCUAACGGAGUAAGCGUUAACAGCUGACAGUACCACGGCUCAGUCCCCUGGGUGGUCACUUCUUCUCCUGUCUCUCGUCCCUGAUCCUCCGGCGCGAUGGAGAGAGUUCAACACAUCACCCGCUCGGCCAUACGCAGGGCCUCCGUCAUCGAGGUGAACCCGCAGACCAAACGCAACCUGCAGGAGCUCUUCAUCAACUUCUCGCUCAUCCUCAUCUGUCUGCUCCUCAUCUACAUCAUCGUCCUGCUGUUGUGAAUAUGGAGGACGAGCGUGGCUGAAGGAACCCGUGGCCUGGACGGAGAGCGGGACAAGAACAGGACUUUCCUCACAUUAUUGCUGGCUUUUAUUACAUGGUGUGAUCAUAUUUAGAAUUUAGAUAUUUUUCUAGAUAUUUUCAUUUCUUAUCGCUACCACUAUGAUAUAUAACAAUAUUUAAUGUACACCAGCCUACAUGUGUCACUCUAUCAGAGGUCCGUAUGAUUAUAUGUCAUAAAUUCACGUUAUUAUCCAAGAAAGGGAAUCAGGAAAUGAAAUUCUAUAUGAAGAUAUUUAGCAUGCAUGCUGUCUUAGAAGUAAUAGGGCCAAGUAGUCUACAGUAAAUAAAAUUAAAGGUGCAGUUUGUCAUUUUUAAAUGCUUUUCUAAAUAUAUACCAGUUACAUCAUAUCGAAGACUCCUGCAAUAUUCAACAUUCACGAUUUUUUGCUGUGCAAUGGAUCUUACUCAUUUAUUUGUGUCUAGUUUCUGUUUACGUUUUUCUGGCCCGGAAAUUCCCACUAACCUCUCCAAAGAGCUGCUUAAACUGGCAACUCAUGAGGCACGUGUGCAGACAGAGAGUGGGCGAGGAGAAAGACAAGGCUGGUCAAUGUUUUAAUCACGCUUGCAAUCUCUUCUCAACCAGCAGAGGGCGCUAAAUGUUACAAACAAUUUUGACAAGUUGAACACACAAAAUCAAACAUUUUGGCUUCCCCAAACAAUGUGUGCUGUUUUACUUUCAUUUCCUACUUUGUAAAUAAAGUACGUACAAAUAAUAAAUUCACACCGAACAUAAUUAAUUAUGUAUAAUUAUUUUAAAUAAUUAAUAAUUCAACAUUUCCCAAGAUUGGCUCUGGAACCACCGCAACCCUGAUCAGGGAGUUUGAAGCGGAUUAUUUUCCAAUAAAAGCGUUUUCCGGAGCGUUUUAUUCCUCUUAUGCCACAGCAACAAGCCAACAAUUACAUUUUUAAAUUUAUUAACGAAUAACGCUCUGUACUUUUUAAAAAAAAAAUAUUAUUAUCCAUUUAUAGCUACAUUUUAAGCAGUGUAUGAUAGUUCCUCUCAUCACUUACGUUAUAGCAGCCAGAAGAAUAGUAUACCAUUUCAAGCUUCCUUCUAAAAAUAAAUGCCUCAACUGCAUUUAAUUAUGUACAAAUAGACAAUUUAAAAUGUUAUUAUUAACAUGACUAACUGAAGGUUCACAAAUACAGGCCAUAUUACACCGUAAUUAUGAAUA